AAAAAAUCUAGAGGUUGAUGCCUCAACAUGUGCAAAAAUAACCGACAUGUUUAGUGCUGUAGCUUCGGUUUCCAAGCCAACAGUAACGUUACCUGACGACACUAAACAGGUGAACAUAGCACAUGGAGGAGAGGUGACUAGUCAUGGCGGCACCCAGGCAGAGGAGCAGGUAUCUGACAGUGAAGUCAAGGAGGGACAGAGACAGAGUGAGCAGGAGGAGUGUAGUUGAAACGGGAUUGAGAUCACCAAUCAUGCCACUGCAACUCUGGAAGGAAAUCAAAUUUUCAACAACCGCUUUGGAGGCUUGUUCCUCGCCUCUGGUGUCAAUGUGACAAUGAAAGAUAACAAGAUAAUGAACAACCAAGAUGCCAUUGAAAAAGCUGUCUCUAGGGGGCAGUGCCUGUAUAAGAUUUCCAGUUACACCAGCUACCCGAUGCACGAUUUUUAUAGGUGUCACACAUGCAACACCAAAGACCGUAAUGCCAUCUGCCUGAACUGCAUCAAGAAGUGCCAUCAAGGACAUGAUGUUGAGUUCAUUCGGCACGACAGGUUUUUCUGUGACUGUGGAGCAGGGACAUUGUCAAACCCAUGCACACUUGCUGGAGAGCCCACACAUGACACAGACACUCUGUAUGACUCUGCCCCUCCUAUAGAGUCCAAUACAUUGCAGCACAACUGAGCUUGACCUCAGCUGUUACCUUUUAAAGGGCCGUGGACUAAACGCACCAAAUGGAUGCUUUGAUCAGUCUGGACCCAAAAAGACUCCAUGUUUAAUGUAUGAUGAUGGAGAAAGAUAUGCACACUAGAAAUAAAAUCUUUAAAAACAUACUAAAAAACUGAAAAGCAAAAGCUGACCCAGCUUCUAAUGGAGAAGUUUAUAUAUUUAAAGAAAACCUUUAAAAGGCUUUCCUGUGUCUGUGGAUGUAAAACUUUUUUUUUCUGUUAAUGCAAACGUUUUGAAGAAAAGAAGAAAUGAACGUCGAAGAGAAGCAAUAUGUUGACUCAGGAUUAUGGAGAGUAAGGGGGCGUGACUUCAGCUGUACUGCCUCUGUGCAACAUCUGAGAUGCUGCUGUAAGAGGAGCUUAGCUGCAGUCUGGUACCCAGAAACACAAGGAGCCAUAGUCCCUCUCACUGAAGAGGGAUGUCAUCCUGUUCAGUAGGCUGGGCGCUGCCCAUACGGCCACCUUGGCAACUGUUUCUAGACAGCAGUGGUGCUGGUAAAUGUUUGGUGAAGGAACAAAAGGUGAUCUAGCACUUCAGCUUUUUUUAAUGCCAUUCUGAUUGACACAUGAUUUUAAUGCUUUCCCACAUAGUUUUGUAUUUUCAAGCAGAAAUCUUACUGUACUUGAAUGUCUUAUUAUUAUUAUUAUUAUUAUUAUUAUUAUUAUUAUUUUAUUUUGAUAACACUCCCUUUGCUUACUGUAUACCUUGUCAAGCCCCGGUAUCUAAGUUCUUUCUGUGAAAGAGAAAUCAAUGGAUUACACAGAUUUGAUUUAGGAACGCUAAAUUUACUCCAGCAAUGUUAAUAUAUUAAAAGUAAUGUUUUUUUUUCCUUUUCUUUAAUUGCAAAAGCAAAAGGAAUGUUUUGAGUAGUGUGCAUUCUUGAGCUGUGUUACCUUUUGCUAAGGUAUAAACAAUUUUGUUGAUACACUUAAAUGUGGUUAAGGCUGCUUGAAAUGACUGUUGGGGUAACCCUGUUAAGUCUCCCAUUGGUGCUCAGGCACACUAGGGACUUAGGGCUUGUAAUGCACAAAAAGUCACGUCAGGUGGUUAAAACGUUUCACAUGGGUAAUGGUGGGUGAAGUGUGCUAAAUGUUAAUCUCUGUGGAUAUCUGGCCAUUUCUGGAAGUUUUAGUUGAAAUGAUCUACAGGAAUACAUGUCUCAAAACAUUUAUUUUAACCCCUGGGGCUCAAGCAAGGCACAGCAAAUGAGUACUUUCUGGCAAAGCAUCACGAGAGAGUGUUUAUAGUGAUGUCUCGUGUGAGUGGCACUCGCGUGUGACUGUGACUUUUCCCCCUUUUUCCUCGAUAAGAAACGAGACAUUGCUGGAGAUGAACCCUAUAGCCCCCCGCUGUAUUAAAGCUGAUGUGCUUGUCUAUACAGCACUCAACUGUUUCAUGGCUUAUUUUUUUCUUUUUUUUUGAGGGAUUUUAUUUGUUUUUCAUUGUGUAUUGGUGACUGUGGGUUCUCAUACAGCUUGGAUUGUAUGCAUGUACCGUACCAUCUCAAUUUAAUAUAUUGUGAAGUAUUCAACAACCAUUAUGUAGAUGCUAGUAUGAAUU